CGAGAAAAAGGAGUAGGCUUUGAAGGAUUUCCGAGCGGUAGAAGUUCCGUCGUGCCGGCGAAAAGGAAGAAUUGGUCGAUCGAGAGGAAAGGAGGAACGGUUCGCUGCCGUCAGCAGGCCAGUCGGUUCGCCCUAUCGACCCUGGAUCGGCCGGAAUUAAGCAUGUCUAGAUGUCGAGGGCGUCCGAUGCGGCAGAAGAGCACUUCUUUCCGAUUCGACGACAAGUGCGCCGCAAUUAUCGGAAAGCUCUGGUCCCAGAUCCGACAAAUGCCUUGAACUCGACGCCGAGGAGCCUCUCGAAAACUUGAUUUCGAAACGUAUUAUUAAAUCGACCGGCCCCCGUCGCUGUUCCAAACCAACGAGCCGUUCGCUCGUCAAUUUCUGUCAAUUUCUGUCGCGGACCGUCGGGCGGCCCGUCGUCCUUCGCGCGAACGAUUUCCGAUAUAUCUUUCGAGGACGCCCGGCCUCUCCUCUUUCGUCGAGGCUUCUCCGCCUGACCCUUGCGCGAAACGAUCCGUCGAUCGUUUUCGACGAAACCGGAGCGAAAGGUUCGGAGGUCCGUUUGCACGACCUAGAAACGCUUCGGAGAAUUCGCUCGCCAGUCGAUUCUCUCCGGGUGGAGGACCCGCGGACGGUCCCGGUGUCGUUAUACGCCUCUUCCUGGAAGUCGUGGCCUCUUCGAAGGGUGUCGAGAGCGCGCGCGAACGCAGCGGUCAAGUGGUGUGGGACGACACGGCACUGCGCGGCGGGAAUCGCGGUAGAAAUAGAGAAGGACGGCUCGGCGGGGCAGGAAAGGACGAGGCAUCGCGAGGCAGGACACGAAGGACGAGGCGAAUGGUUCGGCUGGCGUGGCACGGAGCAAUCGUGGCGUGGUGUUCCUUCUUUGGCCCGGUCUGGUGGGAGGUACGACCGAACGAACGGGUUGCCAGAGGGUGGCUCUGGCCGCGUAAUCGUAUCGCGUGCAGUCGUCUAGCGUGAGUCCGCGCGUACGGAUCGUCGAGUCGGGACGAGUCGAGUCGAGUCGCAUCGCUCCCGAGAGAGAAAAAGUCGAGAAACGGGCGUCGAGAGGUGGUCGCCCGACGGGAAAACGAAAGCUCGAUCGUCGGCCUACCCCUUCGCGAGACCCUGGUUGCGCUCGUGUUGCAUCGUCGCUUUUGCCUCGUGCCACGGCUUGGAGAUCCACAGCAGGACUCGUGCAAACAGGAGGAGGCCGGGACCGAGCAGUGAUCAUUAUGCGUGGUAUCAGGGGGCGCGUCCGCCGCGUCGACCGCCACACGAGCCGCGUGCCUGCGAGUUCGGCCAAGCGUUCGCCUGUGAAUCUGUCCGCGAAGAUCGGUGACACCGCGAACGAGCCUCGGAUGUUCGCGAGUUCGCUGGGCCUCUGACACGCUGGCCCGUCGUCGUCGGUAUAGUAGACGCGCGCCGUCGUCGUCGUCGCGUCGCUCGUAGAAAAUCUCCUCGCGUUCUUCAACCCCGUUCCACCUAACCCCGGGCACAACCUCCGUCACCCGCCGCCGUUCUUUAUCCCCCGCGUACCUCGCUUCUCGUCGGCCGAACGACCAAAAGGUCCGUCAACGGUCCAGACUUAGCACGCCCGUCGCGUCUCGUCCGAGACGAUUCUCCCACUGUCCGUCAGCCUCCCGUAGACCAACGUAGCGGUUACAAACAACCCACCGGUUCCAUCCGCGAACGCGACACAACGCUCUCCCCGUGACAGCGGCCGGGGUUUCUCGUCCCCGUCCCGGGAAACCCCCUCGGAACAAAAAAAAGAAAGAAAACCCGCCUCGAAGCCGAUCCGGGCGCACGACACCGCGCCAGAACCCUCCAACGCGAUUUCUCGUUGCGAAGGUGCGAGAAUCCCUCCCUCCGGUUGCCACCUGGCAAACGUCACGCGAACACCACGCAUACACGCCGCACCGCGCCGGCGGGACACCUACGCUCUUCCGCCGACGGGACGGAGAGUCGAUCCGAAUUUAUGACCUCGUGACGCGGCGAGCGAUGCGACGGUGAACGAAAAGGAAUGUGCCCUGUUAGUCGAUAAACGGUGGCGAGCCAGAACAAGCCGCGAGAAAUAAUGCCGGACAAAAAUCCCGCCUGCCGGAAUGGACAGCGCGUCAGUCAUCUGUUUGCCGACGAGAUAUCGUCGAUCGGCAUGUCGCUGCGGCCCAGCGGCAGCGCACCUUCCGGGAUCUCGUCCCUCGCGAGCUGCGGCGACGUCGACGCGCUACCGCAGCUUCCGGCACAGGAUGAGGAACGCCUGCAACGCGCCGCGCGCCAGCUGCUGCAGAGGUUGGUCCUCCUCGAGUGGCUGCAAGACCAUGGCCUGCACAACUAUUAUCAAAAGCUGAUGCAGAUGGAGGUUAUGUCUUUGGAGGACGUCUACUGGGUGGAGGACAACGCGGCGCGGGCAGCUCUUGGCAAGGACUUGCCGCGAUGGAGAGAAGCCAGACAGACUUUACCCACGUCCAAGGAGGACUUGGAGACGCUCAAGGCAGAUCUGUGGAGCGCCGUGGUCAAGAACAGCCAACAUCAACACGCGUGGACAUGGGGUGGAAUGUUGGUUGUUUCCGUGUCUAUGGCGGGCCUGGUGAUCCUGGCUGCGAUGACCCAGCCAGCCUUGGCACCGGAAGCGAAGCGCACCCUGUUGCAAUACGUCACCGGCAAGUAUCUGCUGCCGAGGAACUGUCUGGUCCACUUCAAGUGGAACGAGCCGCAGCUGGUGGGCGAGACGAUGACCUUCACCGUCAAGUUUUACCAACGAAACGGCCAGCCGUACCCGAUCUGCGACAAGGACAACCUGAUAGUCGACGUGUCGGAGGGCUCCCGGAGGGUCGCGACCCUGAUAGAACUGGGUGGCACCGACCCGAUGGACGCGAACACCGCAGUCGUCAAAUUCACCGUCCGCCAUGCUGGACAAUAUCGCAUAGCCGUACUGAUAGGGACCUGCCACGUGCGAGGCAGCCCGUUUCUUAAGAGUUUCCUACCCGGCCCUCCGGACCCAAACAAGACCAUCUUCGUUCGACAAAGCUCCACGGUGGUUUGUACAGCCGGAUUCCCUCAUAGCAUGACGAUAGAGCCGCGGGACGAGUACGACAACUUGUGCAUAUUCGGGCCCGGCGACAAGCCCACCGAGGGCUACCGAGUCAACAUUACUCAGGCAAGACACGCGGCGCACGGACGAAUCGGUCAGUUGGUCGGGAAUCGUUUGUCGAACGAUAACUCGUUGCUUCGGCAGAUCGGCAACACGGUGGACAAGUCGGCCGCGACCAACUGCAGCGUGCAGCUGGACUACGACUCUCCGAAUCAGCGAAUCCGCGUCAAGGUCAGCUUCCCGAAAAGCGGCUGCUACCACGCGACCGUCAGUCUGUCCGGCCUGCAGCUGCACAACGGCGACUUCGACAUCAUCGCGCUCGAGAAUGACGUCGCGAGGAUGGUGCACACCAACGUGGCCUCGAAGGACCCGGACAUCUGCUACGCGGCGAAGCUGUUGGGCAUGCAGGGCGAGCGGUUCUCCAAGCCGAGGAAGGUGGUCUGCUUCAUCUCGCCGAAGCAGCUCACCAUCAAGGAGUACCUGCUGAAGAUCAUACCGAAGAGGCUCGUCACGUUCAGGCUCUGCCCGUCGACCAAGUUCCACUUUAAUUGUUCGAGCAGCCAAUACGACGGUUACGACUCGUUCUCGAUCGACGACGGAUGCCAGCCGCCGGUCGAGUUAAUUUCUCUCUACAGAGACAUCAUAGCUGCUACCUUCACCCUGUUUCUGCUCAAGAACAUCGGCGGAAGCGAGACGUUCGCCGACAAGCAAGACUUCUUUUACCAUGAGGUGCGGAAGCAUCAUCAGAAGCAUUAUCACGAGAAACUCUCGAUGAAGGUCCAGCGUGACAAGCUUCUAGAAUCGUCUAUGAAAGUCACCAAGGGUUUCUCCGUGAGCGACUGGUGCAGGAACUUCGAGAUCACCUUCCAAGGUGAACAGGGCGUCGAUUGGGGCGGAGUCAGGCGAGAAUGGUUCGAGUUGAUCUGCGCCGCGCUGUUCGAUCCUGGAAACGGGCUGUUCGCUUGCUUCGGCGAGUCACCGCAAGCCUUGGUCCAUCCCAACAAUAAGAGGCCGCCGCAUCUGAAGCUGAAGCAUUACGAGUUCGCCGGUCGCAUAGUCGGCAAAUGCCUUUUCGAGUCCGCCCUGGGCGGUUUCUACCGUCAACUGGUGCGCGCCAGAUUCACCAGAUCCUUCCUCGCUCAGAUUAUCGGCCUCAGAGUCCACUAUAAGUAUUUCGAGCAAGACGACCCGGAUCUCUACCUGAGCAAGAUCAAGUACAUCCUCGAGAACGACGUGGAGGAAAUGGAGUUGUACUUCGUGGAGGAGGAAUACGACAACGACGGUCAAUUACUGAAGGUAGCAGAGUUAAUACCAGGAGGCAGCAAGAUCCGCGUGGUCAACGAGACGAAGCUGCGGUAUCUGGACGCUCUGGCGCAGCACAGGCUCGCCAGUUCCAUCAGGAACGAGGUCGAGUACUUCCUGCGCGGACUGAACGAGCUGAUCCCUGACAAUCUGCUGGGUAUCUUCGACGAGAACGAACUCGAGCUGCUGCUCUGCGGAACCGGCGAGUAUAGCGUGGCAGAUUUACGGGCACACCACAUCGCGAACGGAAGCUCCCCGGAGUUCCUGCGUGUUCUCGACUGGUUCUGGACCGCGGUCAGUAACUUCACCCAGGAGGAAAUGGCCCGGCUGCUGCAGUUCACCACAGGCUGCUCGCAAUUACCGCCCGGCGGAUUUCAACAGCUGAACCCGCGGUUUCAGAUCACAGCUGCACCGACUUUCGCUAACCUACCUACGGCGCACACAUGCUUCAAUCAACUCUGCUUACCCGACUACGAGUGUUACGAUCACUUCGAGAGAGCUCUGCUAUUAGCGAUCAGCGAGGGUACCGAAGGCUUCGGCAUGUCCUAAUCGAAGAGAUUCAACGUUCGAUCGUAUCUAGUCACAACCCAAACACACGCGAAUGAUCAUUAAAAAACGGUUGUAUUUAUUUGUCGAUUAUUUUUCGUUUAUAGCCAACCACAGAGUUGCGACUCCGAGACGUGACGCUCUUUUUCACUCGCGUGUUCGUCGAGUGCGCGAAACAGAGGGGAACCCCGUCGCAACGCGUUUUGAUACACCCGGAUACCCACCGGGGGACAGUUGUUCGAAUGAUCAAAGUCUUUUCCGUUCUGCCCGAAGAACAACCAGAGAACAAUCGAAUCGUUCGAAAACAUAAAACGGCGAUAUAUUGAAUAUUUUUACUUGGGCCGCGGUUUUUAUAAAACGGCGACACGGAAACGGCGAUCCCCCCCUCCUUCCCCCAAACGGAACAUCCGGAUCGCUGGAUUAUCGAGAUUUGUCGUAGGUUAACGUAUUAGAUUAUGUUGUUACGCGUUGACCUGUUAACCGGCUGACUUUUCUACCACGAAGAUCCGUGCGAACGCGAUCGGAGAUGAACUAAUACGAAAGCGUUAAUUAAGACCGAUGUAUCCGGCAAAGGAACGUAUAGCUAGCGCAGACGUUAGAACGAGACGAGAGCCUUUAGGUGAAUAGACGAGGGGAAGAGACGAUAGGCGUUAGGCUGUAGGCGAUAGGCGAAUGAUCGACGAGAUAGCUCGUCUUCCCCGGUUAACAGGUUAAAUUGGGAGUAAACGAAUAGUAAGAGGAAUGUUUGACUGGACACGGCGGCGAACGGAUCCGAGCAAGUUCUUUUUGUAUGUAGUUGCCUGAAAUAGACAAGAGUAGACUUUUGCCUGUACAGUCUGAGAGUAUUCCUCGGCCAGUCGUCGAGAAAGCGGACACGACGAAAGGUAAAUUCUCAUUCGAUCUCGAGGACGUACCCUCGUGCCUCUUUCAUAUCAUCGUCACGCGCAUGUUCUCGUGCUGGACGCACAGCAUUCGAGAAACACCCCCGAUCGACGCGAUACAUGAUCAGAAAACACAUAAUCGGAACCAAAUGCGAGGGACGACGACAUAGACUUCACCGUAGACGCGAACCCGUCGUCCCGGCAAUUUGUUGACUUAGCGCGUACAGUAGAAAACGGACUGUCGCGAAAUUUCGCGCAUCCGAGAUUUUCUUUUCCCCUUUUUCUUUCUUCUCUCCUGUAACAUCUUUCUUCGAACAGUAGCGAUAUGUCUAUCGAACUGCAGAGAAUACCUAGGGAGAACUAGCGAGAAUCACAAGCGUGUAUUACAACCACACACACCGUCUCCAGCGAUCGUAUAUGCUCGAACACGAGAAUGUGUUCGUAUUGUGAUAACGAACGAAUUUUUCCAAUGAAAUUUCGUGCCCUGAUCAACCACGAUCGGCGAGAGGCAUCGCGACGAUGACGAUUGUUAACCGAACGAACCGUGGAAUCGUAAUUUUAUCUUGUAUCUAAGAUACACAAUAAUGAGAAUUGUGAUCAUACACGGCGUAUUUGUUUGCGUCGCUCGUGGGUUACUUAGAGUUAACCGCCACACCUGUCGUGACGUGUUUCCAAAAAAUAAUAUACCGUGGGUAUCGCGCCCUGUUAUAUAUAUAUGCGUUUUCAGUUUUUAUCGGUAGCGUUAAACGCGUAGACGUUAUGUAAAACGCGCUCGGCCGCACGAACGCAUGUAUAUACAUAUUUACCGGUUAUGUAAAUGUGUUUGUUAUUGAUUUGCAAUGAGAAACGAUUUAGUUAUUAUCUAAUGUACGGCGAUGCUGACGGUACCUUAUUUUUAACGCUCUAUCAUGUUACAACAGAAAAGUGUAAAAUAUAGAUUUCAAAAAGCACA